CCUUUCACCUGAGUCUUACACACUGGAGCUUUAACUGGUCUGUGAGCAACUCUCAUAUCUACUGUAAAGAGAGAGAGAGGAGGAGCAUGAGAACAGGGAAGUGUCAGACUCCAUUUUAAACUGGAUGAGCAGAAUGAAGGAAAGUGAGCAGACUGAAGAUGAAUGGUUAUGAGGAGGAAGAGGAGGACAGAGCAGAGUCUCCAGGGUUCAGCUGUGUGUCUCUGAAGAGUGACCGGUCCAUGGAACUUCCUCUAACCUUCAGUAAAGAACCUGGACCUUCACACACAAAAGGUCAGGACCACAGACUGAGAGCAGAGUCUCCAGGGUCCAGCUGUCUGUCUCUGAAGAGUAACAUGUCCAUGGAACCUCCUAUAUUCUUCAGUAAUGAACCUGGACCCUCACACAAGAGGAGUCAUGCUUCUGAGGAGGAGCAGUCGUCCCGCUGUGCUUCGUGUAAGGACGUCUUGAAGGAUCCAGUCUCCACCAGCUGUGGACACUGGUUCUGCAGACAGUGCAUCACCUCAUACUGGGACCAGUCUGGUUCUUCAGGAGACUCCUCAUGUCCCCAGUGUGGACAAAGAUCCAGAACAGGAGCUGGAGAUCGUGGUCUGCAGGAGGUUUUAGAUGAACAUAAGCUCAGUGUGAGGAGGAGAUGUGAACAUGUGACUGAAGGAACUGAUGAAACAGGAAGUAGAACCCUCCUCAACAGGAUCUACACUGAGCUCUACAUCACAGAGGGACAGAGUGAAGAGGUUAAUACUCAACAUGAGGUGAGGCAGCUUGAGACGGCUUCCAAGAGGAAGAUCCUCCACGACACUCCCAUCAAGGUCCACGACAUCUUUACAGCCUCCACUGACCAGCAGAGCAGCAUCAGAGUCGUCCUGACCAACGGCGUCGCUGGAGUUGGAAAAAACUUCUCGGUUCAGAAGUUCACUCUGGACUGGGCAGAGGGUUUAGAAAACCAGGAUGUGGGUCUGCUGGCUGUGCUUUCGUUCAGGGAGCUGAACCUGGUGAAGGACCAGCAGCACAGUCUUCUCACGCUGCUCCAUGUUUUCCAUCCAGCGUUACAGAAGCUCGCGGCAGAGACGCUCGCUGUCUGUAAACCUUUGUUCAUCUUUGACGGCCUGGAUGAAAGCAGACCUUCUCUGGACUUCAACCACAGGGAGCUUGUGUCUGAGGUCACACAGAGGUCAUCAGUCAACGUGCUGCUGACAAACCUCAUCCGGGGGAAUCUGCUUCCCUCGGCUCUCGUCUGGAUGACCUCCAGACCUGCGGCGGCCAAUCAGAUCCCUCCUGCAUGUGUUGACAGGGUCACAGAAGUACGAGGCUUCACUCACGCCCAGAAGGAGGAGUACUUCAGGAGGAGAUUCAGUGAUGAAGAGCUCUGCAGCAGAAUCAUCUCACACAUCAAGACGUCCAGGAGCCUCCACAUCAUGUGUCAAAUCCCAGUCUUCUGCUGGAUCAGUGCUACAGUUCUGGAGCACAUGUUGACCACAGACCAGAGAGGAGAGCUGCCCAAGACCCUGACUGACCUGUACUCACACUUCCUGCUGGUUCAGACAAAGAGGAAGAACAACAAGUACGUUGAGGGACAUGAGACGACUCCACAGAAGCUGACGGAGGCUGACAGGGACGUUCUCCUGAAGCUGGGGAAGCUGGCACUUAAACAUCUGGAGGAAGGAAACAUCAUUUUCUAUCAAGAAGACCUGGAGCGGUAUGGUCUUAAUAUCACAGAGGCCUCAGUGUACUCAGGAGUUUGUACUGAGAUCUUCAGAAGAGAGUGUGUGAUCUUCCAGAAAUCAGUCUACUGCUUUGUUCAUCUGAGCGUUCAGGAGUUUCUGGCUGCAGUUUACAUGUUCCACUGUUACACCAAGAGGAACACAGAAGAACUCAACAACUUCUUGGGAACAUAUGGGGACACAGACAGUACCUUCUCCCUGGAUGACCUCCUGAUGAGAACCAUGGAGAAAUCCCUCACCAGUACAAGUGGUCAUCUGGACCUGUUUGUUCGCUUCCUUCACGGCCUCAGUCUGGAGUCCAACCAGAGAGUCUUAGGAGGCCUGCUGGGUCAGACAGAGAACAAUCCAGAGAUCGUCCAGGGAGUUUUAGGAGACCUGCUGGGACGGACAGAGAACAAUCCAGAGAUCAUCCAGAGAGUCAUCAACAACCUGAAGGAGAUGAAGAGUGGUGACAUUUCUCCUGACAGAAGCAUCAACAUCUUCCACUGUCUGACUGAGAUGAACGACCACUCAGUUCAUCAGCAGAUGCAACAGUUCCUGAAGUCAGAGAACAGAUCGAAGGAUAAACUCUCUGGAAUCCAUUGCUCAGCUCUGGCCUACAUGCUGCAGAUGUCAGAGGAGGUUCUGGAUGAGUUGGACCUGGAGAAGUUCAACACAUCAGACCAGGGUCGACUGAGACUGAUUCCAGCUGUGAGGAACUGCAGGAAGGCUCGACUCAGUGGUUGUGAACUCUCAGAGACUCACUGUGAAGUCGUGGCCUCAGCUCUGAAGUCAGACCCCUCACAUCUGAGAGAACUGGAUCUGAGUAGAAACUACCUGCAGGAUUCAGGAGUGAAGCUGCUGUGUUCUGGACUGGAGAGUCCAAACUGUCGACUGGAGACUCUGAGGUUGGAGAGCUGCAGACUGUCAGAGAUCAGCUGUUCUUCUCUUUCUUCAGCUCUGAGGUCAAACCCCUCUCAUCUGAGAGAACUGGAUCUGACUAACAACAAGCUGCAGGACUCAGGAGUGAAGGAGCUGUGUGGUUUUCUACAGAGUCCAACCUGUCGACUGGAGACUCUGAGGUUGAAGGACUGCAGUCUGUCAGAGAUCAGCUGUUCUUCUCUGGCUUCAGCUCUGAGGUCAAACCCCUCUCAUCUGAGAGAACUGGAUCUGAGGUUCAACGACCUGCAGGACUCAGGAGUGAAGAAGCUGCUUGAUCUAAAGCAGUGUCCAACCUGUCGACUGGAGACUCUGAGGCUAGUAGAUGGUUGGAGUCAGUCCACUCUGCUCUCAUCCGUAUUUUAUAAGCGGGAGAAUUGGGCUGGGUUCAAAGUUGAACAGCGUUUCACUGUGACGUCGGGCAUGUCAAGAACAUUUUCUGUAUCUGAUGAAAACAAUCAGCAGAUUCUCAGAUUCUCUGUCUCUGACAUUGUUUCUUGUCUUUCAGCAGAUCGUGGUCUGCAGGAGGUUUCAGAUGAACAUAAGCUCAGUGUGAGGAGGAGAUGUGAACAUGUGACUGAAGGAAGUGAUGAAACAGGAAGUAGAACCCUCCUCAACAGGAUCUACACUGAGCUCUACAUCACAGAGGGACAAAGUGAAGAGGUUAAUACACAUGAGAUGAGGCAGCUUGAGACGACUUCAAAGAUGAGGAUCCUCCAGGACACUCCCAUCAAGGUCCACGACAUCUUUACAGCCUCCACUGACCAGCAGAGCAGCAUCAGAGUCGUCCUGACCAACGGAGUCGCUGGCGUUGGAAAAACCUUCUCGGUGCAGAAGUUCACUCUGGACUGGGCAGAGGGUUUAGAAAACCAGGAUGUGGGUCUGCUGACUGUGCUUUCGUUCAGGGAGCUGAACCUGGUGAAGGACCAUCACAGUCUUCUCACGCUGCUCCAUGUUUUCCAUCCAGCGUUGCAGAAGCUCACGGCAGAGACGCUCACUGUCUGUAAACCUUUGUUCAUCUUUGACGGCCUGGAUGAAAGCAGACCUUCUCUGGACUUCAACCACAGGGAGCUUGUGUCUGAGGUCACACAGAGGUCAUCAGUCAACGUGCUGCUGACAAACCUCAUCCGGGGGAAUCUGCUUCCCUCGGCUCUCGUCUGGAUAACCUCCAGACCUGCGGCGGCCAAUCAGAUCCCUCCUGCAUGUGUUGACAGGGUCACAGAAGUACGAGGCUUCACUGACGCCCAGAAGGAGGAGUACUUCAGGAGGAGAUUCAGUGAUGAAGAGCUGUGCAGCAGAAUCAUCUCACACAUCAAGACGUCCAGAAGCCUCCACAUCAUGUGUCAAAUCCCAGUCUUCUGCUGGAUCAGUGCUACAGUUCUGGAGCACAUGUUGACCACAGACCAGAGAGAAGAGCUGCCCAAGACCCUGACUGACCUGUACUCACACUUCCUGCUGGUUCAGACAAAGAGGAAGAACAACAAGUAUGGUGAGGGACAUGAGACAAGUCCACAGCAGCUGGCGGAGGCUGACAGGAAUGUUCUCCUGAAGCUGGGGAGGCUGGCACUUCAACAUCUGGAGGAAGGAAACAUCAUGUUCUACCAAGAAGACCUGGAGCGGUGUGGUCUUAAUGUCACAGAGGCCUCAGUGUACUCAGGAGUUUGUACUGAGAUCUUCAGAGAAGAGUUUGUGAUGUUCCAGAAAUCAGUCUACUGCUUUGUUCAUCUGAGCGUUCAGGAGUUUCUUGCUGCAGUCUACAUGUUCCACUGUUACACCGAGAGGAACACAGAAGAACUCAACAACUUCUUGGGAACAUAUGGGAACACAGGCAGUACGUUCUCCCUGGAUGACCUCCUGAAGAGAACCAUGGAGAAAUCCCUCACCAGUACAAAUGGUCAUCUGGACCUGUUUGUUCGCUUCCUUCACGGCCUCAGUCUGGAGUCCAACCAGAGAGUCUUAGGAGGCCUGCUGGGUCGGACAGAGAACAAUCCAAAGAUCAUCCAGAGAGUCUUAGGAGGCCUGCUGGGUCGGACAGAGAACAAUCCAAAGAUCAUCCAGAGAGUCAUCAACAACCUGAAGAAGAUGCAGAGUGGUGACAUUUCUCCUGACAGAAGCAUCAACAUCUUCCACUGUUUGACUGAGAUGAACGACCACUCAGUUCAUCAGCAGAUGAAACAGUUCCUGACGUCAAAGAACAAAUCAAUGGAGAAACUCUCUAAGAUCCACUGCUCAGCCCUGGCCUACAUGCUGCAGAUGUCAGAGGAGGUUCUGGAUGAGUUGGACCUGAAGAAGUUCAACACAUCAGAACAAGGUCGACUGAGACUGAUCCCAGCUGUGAGGAACUGCAGGAAGGCUCGACUCUGUGCUUGUCGACUCUCAGAGACUCACUGUGAAGUUGUGGCCUCAGCUCUGAAGUCAGACCCCUCACAUCUGAGAGAACUGGAUCUGAGUAACAACAACCUGCAGGACUCAGGAGUGAAGCUGCUGUGUUCUGGACUGGAGAGUCCAAACUGUCGACUGGAGACUCUGAGGUUGAGGGGAUGCGGUCUGUCAGAUAUCAGCUGUUCCUCUCUGGCUUCAGCUCUGAGGUCAAACCCCUCUCAUCUGAGAGAACUGGAUCUGAGAGGAAAUCACAACCUGCAGGACUCAGCAGUGAAGGAGCUGUGUGGUUUUCUACAGAGUCCAACCUGUCGACUGGAGACUCUGAGGUUGAGGUACUGCAGUCUGUCAGAGAUCAGCUGUUCUUCUCUGGCUUCAGCUCUGAGGUCAAACCCCUCUCAUCUGAGAGAACUGGAUCUGAGUAACAACAACCUGCAGGACUCAGGAGUGAAGGAGCUGCUUGAUCUAAAGAAGAGUCCAACCUGUCGACUGGAGACUCUGAGGUGGGAGGGGAGAUCUUCGUGGAGCUGAGUGUGAAGAGGACAGUGUGUGUGGACGGAGGCUGAGCUGUGUCCUGAGGAUCCAGAGGCUGAAGCAGCAGCAGCUUGUGUGUAGAGCGGCUCUGAAUGGGCCUUGUUGCUGGGAGGCAGAGUGGAGACAGAGCUCCAGAGGAAUCAGAGGAGGUGAGCUGCUCUGAGAUAUAUAUAUAUAUAUUCACCCAAAUCUUACACACUGGACCUUGACUCCACGGAGAAACAACAAAAAGACGAACCUGGAUCAUCUGUCCAAAAAUCCAAGAGGAUUCUCCCUACCCUGUCUAGUGCCCCUGAGCAAGGCACCUUACUCCCCCAACAUCUACUCCCCGGGCGCCAUACAUGGUCGCUCACUGCUCUGUGUGUCCUGCACCAGAUGGGUCAAAAGCAGAGAUUAAAUUUCCCUACCUGCAUGAGUGUGCCUGUGUAUGUGUUUGGGACAAAUAAAUGCAUUUUAAUCUUAAUCUUUAAUUGCUUUAAUUGGUCAUGAAGACUAGAACAGUUGUUAUAUAUAUACCAGGUAAACCCAAUACUUGUAAAGAAUACAAUGAUGUCAAAGUCACUAUCAUUUUCUAUUCUACUGUUUGGAACUGUUAUUUGUGACCUACAGUUCGGCCUACAUGUGUAGUUCAAGCCGUGAGCACAUGGUCUUUGUUCUAGAGCCAAACCAGAGCCUCCAGAGCUCAGUCUCCCGGCUUCAACGUCACACAGAUUUGUGGAAUAUAACCAGUGACACAAGUUUCAACCACUAUUGGUCACUCUGGGCCCCAUGACCCAUGAGGUCACCAGUCCAAUUUAAGCCCAAUUCUCCCCCUCUUCUUCCUCUUUUCAUGCAACCCCCGAGAGGAGCCCACCUCUCUUUCUGCUCCACUUCAAUGGAGGAGAGGUGCAGCGUGCAGCUCACCUCACCAAGGAAACCUCCUCCCAAUCCAAGCUCUACCAACCUUCAACACAGCAAGAUGACUUCACUGGACUUUGAACUGCACAUCAACCUUUUUUCCCUUUUCAUGGACGGGUAACACCACUGGGUUUAAUAAUUAUACAAGGCUAAGCACAGACUUUUUAUUCAAUUUCGGUUGAUGUUUAUAAGUUUGAUUCGUGUUGCUGUGAUACUUUAUGUUAUGCUCUUCACAGUCUUUCUAAUGCAUCUAGUAACUUUCUCUAAUUUGGCAUCAACACACGCACACAUCUGUCUGACCCCCGCCACAUGUCGUAAACAUAUGGGGGGAUGGUUUAUUGCCUUCAUAGGGACCAGCUGCCAUUUUGAAGGCAAACUCACCCACACACACACAUGCAUCCUCGCAUAAACAUAUUCAUAUAGUACGGAGCCCCCCAGGGGACACAAAAAAAAAAAAGCAGAAUGAAAAAAAAAAAAAAAGAAUGUUGCAUAAGUGUGAUUUUGCCAACC